UAUGACACUUAUUUCCAAGAAAGAUUUUAAGACUUUCUUUAAACAUACUUUUUUUGUUGAAAUAUAUUUUAUCUCGUGUGUUACAUAGUUCGGAGUUAAAGUUGUUAAUAUUAACUAUCUUAUUUUCACAUAAUAGUCUUGAUCUGUCUACUUAAUCGCGUAUAAUAUGUAACUAAUCUACAUUGUUAUACAUAUAGUACAACGAAGUCAUUAAGUGGUUAGUAGUCGGAUCUUUUGUUGUCGAAAUAAAAGGUUUUGUUUUUGUAAAAGUAACUUAAUGGUUAAUUAAUGUCGGUUACUUUAAAUCGCUGUAAAAUGUUAUCCUUGGGACAUAGAUAUAAAAGAUAGUGGUGAAAAAAGACAGUGAAUUACUUUUUUACUAUUUUGACUGGAAUGUGAUACGUGCGUAGUUGUAUUAUUUUUUCCUUGUGGAGUGUUCACUAAAAUAAGAAAAAUGGCAGUCAAAAAACAUGAGUUGGUUGCUGACAACCGAAAUCAACCAGACUUGGCUGCACUGGCGCAAUACUUUCAAAUGAUGAAUGAUCAACCUAAUUACUUGCCUCCACCACAAGAACUCGUAAAACAUUGUCAAGAUAUUGUAAAAUGUCUCUCGCGCACUACGGGUACUGUGGAACAACUGUGGCAAAUGCUUCAGCCAGUAGAACAGUUCUUACUUCGCGUAGUGACGACAGUGCAUGGUGAUGUUCGUCAUGAGAUUUUCACCGCAAUUCUUGACAAAUUUUACUCCUACAUUUCUGAUCCACAAUCGGACGCUUGCCCAGCCACUGCAGCUGUUCUGAUUGUUAUUGAUGAGUCUGAUGAAGAAUCAGCUCUGUCUGCCGCUCGUUGGUUGGUUCAGCAACGUGAGAAUGGUCCAGCCGGAGCAGGUCUCCGGGCCGCAUUAUCUUGCCUAUAUCGUUGGCUGUAUGAAUGGCAUGGAACCCCCGCUCUGGGAAACUGGUUGAUCGCUUACAUCAAGGCGUUAGAGGAGAAUGAACGAUUCGACGUUCUCAUAGAGACGAGCGUAGAUAAUGUCGCUAAACUGUUUUCAUCUAUGGCAAACCCUGCACCACUACAGCAGAAGGCGGCAGACGCUAUUUUUCACGUCCUCGCUUCAUUACGCGAAUCAACGGAGGCUUUUGAUAGAAUUUCAUCACAUGUCGGUGAUGUUCUUGUUAACCUCGCUGCGGACAGUGGUCAAUGGAGUCGACAGCUCCUUCAAAACUUGGUCGACAUUCUAACUGCUAUGGUCGACGGUAUUUUGGAAUCUCUCAAGGGUGACGCACAAGAUUUGUUUCGCGACAAGUACGCCGAUGUGAUUCUAUGCUUGGAACGUCAUAUGGCGUCUCGAGCGAGCAGCUUUUUGCAACUACCGCCUUGGCGCACUCGUAACGUGUGUCUCCCGGCUGUAAAUCCUCAUGUACCGAUGAGGAAGGUGGGUCUCCUCAACCUUGGCAACACAUGCUACAUGAACAGCGUGAUGCAAGCUCUACUUGUUGCUAGGCAGUUUAGUACACACGUUGUGCUAAAGAUGACCGCGGUGCCGUAUUGGGCGAAAAUGAGCGUUCUCUUUGCUGAGAUGAUGCACUCCAUAUCGACUAAGCUGAAUCCGUCUGAAUUCUUCAGUGUCGUGAAACCACCUUUCUUCACAAGAGACAAUCAACACGACAGCUCGGAGUUCUUAGGAUAUCUGUUCGAGUUGCUGCAGUCCUACGAGCAUUGUUCGGAUCGAAAUUUCGAUUACACCAGGCCGCCUGUGCUCAACGGUGCCAGCCGCCUGCGCAUGAUUCAUCCUCAUGUUCAGCAACAAUCCCCACACGCUGGCGAUGAUCAUGCUGAAUCGAGCCAUAGUCGUCGUUCUGUUUCGCCGAGGCCCGGCAGUAGCGCUGCUGGAUCUAGUUCAAGUGGCCACAAACGCAGCUCUGCCGAGCAAGAGACGCUGGUUCCACCAAAGAAACGUUUUCGAAUGAGCGAUGCCACGUUUCUACGUCGUGACUCCUUCAUUGAUAGCAUGUUUGGAGGCGUCUUGCUGACUCGUGUUGAAUGCACCGUGUGUCACGCAUCAUCACUGUCACGCGACGUGUUUCGAGACCUCCAGCUGGCUUUUCCCGAAAAACCAGAAGGCUGGCAACACAGCGUCCAAAGUCUUCUGGAGUAUUAUUGCUCCAAGGAAAGUCUCUCCGGUGAAAACAAAUACGAAUGUCGCGAUUGCGGUGGCCUUCAAGAUGCGGAGAGGAGCGUGCUCAUCGAGACCACGCCAAAAUAUCUCAUUCUGGUUCUUAAGAACUUCAAGUUCGAUUCAAAGCUGCAAGUGCAGACGAAACUGAUGCAUUCGAUGUAUCACAACCAUUCGGUGACACUGCCGACGGUCCGUUCGCAGGCGGUACAUUCCGUAUACAACUUAUUCGCCGCCGUGAUUCACGCAGGAACCACCCUGGACUCUGGUCAUUACUACACUCUCGCCAAGGAUAGCGAUCAGUGGCACAAGUACAACGAUGACGAAGUUACAUUCGCUGAUGAGGGCCAAUUGAACGGCCUUAACCGGUCGAGCACGCCGUACAUACUAUUUUACAGGCGCACUGAUAUCGAGGAAGGUACGGCACCUUCACUGGAAGAGUUGCCGCCGAAACUUCAGGAAUUGGUAAUGGCACACAAUAAGCAUUACGUUGAUACUGUGCGCAAAAUCCGUCUAACGCGUCCAUGACGGUUAAGAUCCGACAAAUUCAUCGAUUUUUCGGUGUUGGACUAUGUAGAAUCUGAAUAAAGACUAGACAAGGUCUUUAGAAGUACUAGACGUAUUAUUUUGCAUAAAAUAUCAAAGUUACGGUAUAUAGUUUAGUUAAAAUAUAUUUACUGUUAUUAUUUUUUUUGUUAUUUAUAUCAACAAGCUUAGUAUUUAGCUUGCACGUUAUUUACAAAGCUGGUACUAUAACUGUAAAAAGGUCUUACGAAUCAUUCAAGAUUUAUAAUAUUUUAUAGUUGACUUCGAUUCUGGAAAUAACUACGAUAGAGUAUUUAUUAAACGAUGCAAUGAAUUACAUUAUAGAAUGACAAUGAAUUUGGUCGAUAUACACUUACUGAUCUUCAAAUUGUGCUCGUUUUCUUCUCAGAAGAGAUAACUCUUCAGAUCUCCCAGUAUGAGCAGCGGCUUAGUAGAUUACGUAUUUAAUUAUCGGUUAUUAUGACACGAGGUAAAAAAGAUAUUUCAACAAUAAGUAUGAAUAUUCACGUUUGUAAAUUAACUUAAUGUUUAUUCAUGUGUCAUAAUUAUUCACUAUUACAUAUUAUGUAAUAUUUUAACAAUGUUGACUAUCCUGUUUUCGACUAUUGCAUCGAAAUCUUUUAAAUGUAUUAAAGUACGUGACGUUUCUAAGGUUCGAUUCGCAAGCAAGACUUUUUUUAUUUCAUAGACGUGGAAUAAGGUUCAUCAACUAAAUGUGUUGUGUUGAAUUAUUUAAUUAUUCCCUAUAAUAUUUUAUCUACCUUAUUCCUAUUAAUGGUUACAUACCUCAAAAUGUAAAUGUAUUGUCGAAAAUUAAAAAAAAUACUACAAUAAGUAGCCAUCUUGAAAAACCAUAGAUAUAUAUUAUUUAAAAAUUUGAAUUUUGACUGUGAAAUGUUUUAUCUACAGAAAGGGUUAUUCUAUUUUGAUAUGUAUUCAUCGAUGAGAUGAGGGUUGUAAAUAUGUAAAUAUUUAUUAUAAUACACAACUUAAUAAAAUUACAGACAAGUUCUGUAUAUUUAUAUAUGAUUAUAUAUACACUGUUAUUUACCCAUGAACUGUGUGCAGUUUAAUUUUUCAAUAUAUAAUAAUCACUGUAUAAAUUAUUUAUACUUUGUAUAUUCAAAAUAAAAGGUUUUGGAUUGUCUUAUUAAUUUAUAGCUUUAAUUUAAAAAAAAAAAAAUGAUAAUAUGGAUAUCAUUAUAAGGAUGUUAAUGUGAUUGGAGUAGCGCGAAAAAAAACACUUCUUAAAUUAGAUCAGAUCUUAUAACAGACUUAUAUGUCUGCCUCUUAUACAUAUAAUCAUUUUAAAUUAUUGAUUUAAAUAAUCAAAAUUAAAUGUAAUCAUCUAUUCUUCGGCAACAUUUCAUGUUAUUAUAUAAGGUAUGUAUCCUUAGAAUAGAAGCUAAUGAAAUAGUACAUGGAGAAUUUUAAUUGACUUAGAAUGUUUAAUCCUUAUCAUUAAUUAAAAUGUGUGAUGUGUUACUGUUUUAAAUCUAAUGGAUUAUCGUUUAUGUUUAAGUCGUAAAUAAAUGUCAGCUGAUUUAUAAUUUACCAAUAAUAUAAUAUAUUUUCGACAAUAUUGAAAUUGACAAAUUUGAAUAUCGGAUUUUUAUCAUUAUCUUCAUAUAAAAUGUAUAAGUAGGUAUAAACAACGAUAGUAUAAGUUUAUUCUAUAUGUUAUUACAGCUUAUAGAAAGUUAAGUACAUAUUUAAUGUAUAUAACACGUAACUUCAAGUUUUAAAGUAAACUUAUGAUUAAUGUGCAUUUUAAUCACUGUUAUUUUAAACUAAUUUAUUAUAAUAUAUAUACUGUAUAUGUAUUCAAUUAUUAUUAUUAAUAUAAUGUAUGUUUUUCACAUACAUGAAAGGAGUCAUCUUGACAUCGAUAAGGCGUUUUAAAAUAAAAUGUGGUGCAAAUUUACAUUGUUUAUUACUAAGAUAAUUUCAUAGUCUUGUGAAUUCUGUUUAUAAUAAUUUAAUUGAGCGCCUUCAAAUAAUGACUAUAAAGUUACUACUAGUUUCAUACACAUAUUUAUAUAUACGUAUAUAAUAUAUAUAAAAUGAUAUAAGCGGUCAAAUGAUAAUAUGUAUAUAUAU